AUGGGAGCCUCUGGAACGGUUGUAUGCCGUUGUGAGUCCGCUGAAGUCCGACCGAUAUCGCCUGUUGUUAAUAUGUUCAGACUAGACAAAGACGAAGUUGAUUUAGACGACGAUGGAGCAAGUUUUCCGCACAGCGAAACCAAAGGAUGGACAAAAUUACUGCAAGAUAUUCCUCCGUUUAUCCACCAAAAAUUAGAAAAUAAAAUGGUGAAUAACAGCCGCACAAUGCCUGACACAGUAGCCCCAAAGGCUCGUAGGAACAUGAAGAAAGGAUACGGUCUUUGGAAAGAAGGUUAUGUCAAUAAUGUUCAAGACAAGGCAAACAUCCAAUGUAAAAUUCAACUAAUUUUGGUUAAAGCUUGAGUUAGUGCAUCCAUGAAGGGUGUAAGUUACCCUGUUUAUGUUCAUUUAGACCAGAAGAGUGGCGAGGUCGAGUAUGCAAAGUGCACUUGUAAAGCAGGGCAAGGUGGCUGUUGUAAACACGUUGCUGCUUUGCUUUACACUCUGUUGGAUUUUAUUAACUUGAGUUUAAGUAUGAUUCCUGAAAACCUUACGUGUACACAAGUCGCUCAAAAGUGGAGUAUUCCUUCUGGCUGCCGUAAAACAUUGAAUAAAGCUGUUAAGUUUGACGAACUGUUGUUUCGGAAAGCACAAUACAACAAGAUCAACACAAAAAUACAUUCAAGUACUAUCAGAGAGAAGUAUUGUAGCACACCACCUAAUGCCCAGACUGUCACCAAAGACGAUAUACAAUCAAUGGCGAAUGUACUUAGGGAAGCUGAAAGAGCUUCAGUACUUUGUGACACAAUUGAAUCAAACAAUUAUGAGCCAUGUGAUAUGUUUGAAACAUCCUGUGCCAAGGGUAAGAGGACAAAGUCUAAGUUGGAUCUAGAAACAGUCGAUCCAAAUACUGACAAGCUAUUGGUUGAUAAAAUUUUUACCUCUGUACCAUGUGAGUUUGACCAGACUGUUAAAUUGGGUUCGGAUGAAAAGAAACAAAUGGAAACCUUAGUGCUUGUAACACCUGAUCAAGCUAAGGACAUCUGCUUAAAAACUAUAGACCAAAGUUCCAGUGCACAAUGGUAUGUUGAGAGAUCAGUUCGUAUAUAA